UUCCCCCGAUCGACAAGUGUCCACUGUGUGCCCGUGUUCUCGCCUCCCCCCGCCAGGGUCCUCUUGAUUCCAAAGUGGGAAACUCCAUCGAACCAGCAAUGAUGUUCUCGGAGCGUGUGGCCCACCGAGCCUAUCCACAUGUCUCUCAUUUUAAGGCAAACCAUACCUGGCGUGGGAAGGAGGUAGGAGACAUGCCCGAUUUGGCAGUGGGGUGUGGUGCGAAUGAUUGAUUCCUCAUCACUGCACGAUGCCUUACCCGCACCGCUAGGUCCAAGUUGGUGUGGUGCCGAUUAGGUGUCAUGGGCUGAGACUGGUUUCGUUUGUGGGCGCUCGGGCGAUGGGACGAACAGGAUGGCGGCGGUCCCUUCGUCCCUGCGUUUCCCCCCGGUCAUGAUUGCAACGUCUUUUUCCCGGUUGUUUGGUGAUCCUUUCGGUGCGGCACACACACCGCUGGUCUUGGACUUCCAUGGCUGAUGAAGCUAGACGUGGCUUGGCUUAUGGAAUCAGUCUACCUCUGUCCGGCUCCCCACAGACUUUGAUUCCACGUCAACAGUGUGUCCACAGAUUUGCGCACCCUACUGUCCAUGACAGCUAUAAUACCCAUCUCCCUUUUGUUUGCUUUCAAGCUCCUGCCUGAUCUCUUCUUUACAUAUCACUUCUCACGCACUUUUUUUUAAAUAAAAAAAAAGAAAAGGCCAGCAUCUCAGCUGACACGGACCGCGCGCGACUAACACCAUUCCCAGCUGAGUCCGCCGCACCUAACCUCACAACCGCGGAAAAGGCCAAGCUCCGGCGCCAGCAAGUCCGCAGGGCGCAGAUCCAGCACCGCACGCGCAAGGCGAACUACAUCAAGCAGCUCGAGCUUGACGUUUGCCGCUUCAGAGACAUGAUCGCCGUCGCCGAAAAGGAGGUCUUCGCUUUCCGCGCCGAGAACAAAGGCAUGCGCGACGCACUGUCGGCCAGGGGUCUCAGAGUGCCUGGUGAGUUGAAGGGCAAGGAGGUCGUGGUCCACGAAGUCCCAAUUCCGGAGCCUGUGGUUGAGCAGAGAGUGGACACGAUGCAGCCGAGAGUGCUGCAGCAGCAGCAGAAACAGCAGCAAGACCGUUCUCAGGCUCCGGACCAGAAUCAAGCUUCGCGGCACGUGGUGACACAGCCCGCUCUACAGCAACAGCUCCCGAUCGCGCACCCAGAACCGCAGGUAACCCCUCAACCUCAGCCUACCGACGACUACAACUAUGACUACGACUACGAUCCCUACCCGCCGGUCGACCUUUUCGCAGACAUCGACAUGGGGGAGGUUACCGUCACCAUGCGCAAGGACGACGCCCUCGGCACCCCAUGCUUCCAGAUCGCCUCGUCGUCGCCGGCCGUUGUGCAUUCGUCGACGCCGGACCAUCUCACUCCGGAACAGGAGAUAACCGCCAUAAAUCUUAUUCUUGCAAUGGAACACAUUUGCUGGAAUCACUUCCACCCCCGCCAGUUCCCCGCCCAUGCCGACCCUUGCAGCGCCGGCUCGGGCCACACCAUGAUGGCCUCCACCAUGUGCAUGUCGAGCGCACCCGCCCGCGUCUACCGCACCAUCCGCCGGCGCGAGGCAGAGACAACGGCGCACACAUGGCGCGCCGACACGGGCGCCGGCUCGGCGCUGUCGCUCAAGUCGUUGCUGGCGCUCGCCAAGACGCUGAACCCUGGCGACAUCGAGCUGACGCCCGUGCAGGCGUGGUUCGAGCUCGCGGCGCGGUACGGCGCGGCGGCGCUGAUGCGCGGGGACGUCAUCGAUACGCUCAAGCGCGAGUUCUGCGGCGUCGUCGACUGCAUUCACUUUGGCGCCAUCAUCGAGCGCGAUGCGUUCGAGAGCGUCGUGGCGAGGGUCAUGGAGCAGGUCGGCGUGCAGGAGCUUGAGUGGGCGAUGGAUGUUGAUGAUAACGGGGAGGUCUGUGGCGGGAUAGUUUCUGGCGCGCAGGGGAUCACCGCUUGAGUUUUGUCUGGCUGGAAGUGUCGAUGAUCUGGAAGUUGGAGGAGGGGGCAGAAGAGUUUGUAUGGACGCAUAGUAGGGAUGCCUUUCAUGGGGGCAAAUGGGUGUAGUUUCCGACGAAGCCGAGGACACAGCAUGAAUCACGAUGACACGAUUGACGCGGGACGGAGAACCAUGGGCAUAACUAGACGGAGGAUAUAGGUCGGAUCGAUUCGUAUCAUAUUAAAUCAACCUAUACAUACAAGAGGGCAUCACGC